AUGUUGACCACUCCGACGACGACUCUUCAAUAUUCUUCGCCUACUGAUGAUGUUUUUAAAAUUGCAAACAUGACAUCAAGCCAGUCGCCUUCUGAUGGUUUCGUUGGAUUACCGCCUCCUCCUCCUCCACCCCCUGCACCACCUGUGUUUAACAACAACACCAAUAACUCAUGUAAAGUAUUACUUCCACAUCAAGAAGUUAAUCUCGUUGUUAAUCGUGCGAAUGUUACCGAAAUUCAAGCACGCUCUGUUCCAACAAUGCUCAUGGCUGGCAACAAUAUUUGGACACGACGUGUUUUACCAAAUCUUCGAAUACAACAAACUGUUUUUGAUCAACAUUAUGGUGAAUCAAACUCGUCAAUGACAGGUCAUUAUCGACGAUCAAGUCUGACAACAUCAUUUAUCGGAGGAGGAGGAGGAGGAGGUCUCGGCAAUAUGAGUGAUGAUGGACCACUAUCAUUUGUUUUACUUGAUGCUACAUCUAAAAUGCUUUAUGAUGUACCUAUGCGUCAUUUACUUCAAUUGGUUAAGAAAGAUCACGAUGAUGAUGCAAGUAUUGAUCAUGUUAUUAGAGCUAUUGAUGAAACACAUAUGAAUUCGGAAUGGCUUGAUGCUGUUACUGCUCUGAAUAAACAAUUUGAUAAACGACCUGAAGAUAAAGCUCGAGUCUUAGCACACAAAGGUUCGACACAUGGCUUGGUACUCAUUGAACAAUUUUUCGUUAAACUUGUUCGUGUACCAGCCUACGAAUUUAAACUGAUUUACUUGAAAUUUCUCGAAGAAGCGCCAACGCAACUUGAACGUAUGAGUAAACACAUCCAUGAUCUCCUUGAAAGUGUCCAAGUUAUCUUAAACAACGAACAACUACCAGGUACACUUCAUUUACUCUGUUUACUUUAUAACAGUAUAACAGGUAAAGCGAUCCCCGGUCUUCAUUUCGAUUCACUCCUUUCUGUCCUGUCCACUCGUACACCAAAACAAAAUAUCACCAUCGCACAUGUUCUUUGCCAUCUAUUAGAAGAACAAUAUCCCAACUUGUUGAAUAUAUUUGAUAAUCAAAUAUUAUUAAAACUGAAAGAUCUAUCCGCACUAAAGUAUAUACCAAUCUAUAUUGAUAUACGUUUAUUAUACACGCGUUACAAGCAAUUGAAUAGUACAUUAAGGGAAUUACAACAGCAAUUAAUUCUUCUACCGGAACAUAUCAAAACAAGUUUAAAUGAUAUGCAAGGUGUAUUCACGCGAUUGUUUGAUGAUGAAAACAAGAUCAAAAAGUGUGAAAAAGAUUUAGCAAGUUAUUUCUGUAUUUGGGAUUUGUCAUUAGAAACCUGUUUAUCAACGUUAGGGCAGUUUAUUGAUAAACUUCGUUUAGCUCAUAUGCAAAAUGUUGAACAACGUCGUCGAAAUGAUCUGUUACUCAAACAACAACUUCAACAACAGCGAGCGUAUGAAAACCGAAUCCUUCAAACCCCAACAACGUCGCGCCUAUUACGAAGCUCUCAAAAUCAAUACGGUUCAGAUACAAAUAUAUUCCGUGAUCAUCUAAACGUUCCAUUAACACCAACCACGGCACGACAACGUGUAAAAGUCAAUAAAACAUCUCGAGAGCGCAUUUGUGCAUCAUCACGUGAUGUUUCGUAUAUCAACGACGAACAACAACAACAGCAACAACAAGAGCAAAUGGAAUCAGCAGUAGCCACAGCAACAACUGCACCUCCUAUCCCAACCGUAAUGCGUACGCAAAACCUUCUAUCAAAUGCAAUACCGCGCAAACGUGGCCAUUCACCCACAGCGAAAACCGUGUUUCCUAAACGACCAUUCAACGCUCUACCAAUAUGCACAUCGAAACAAGAACAAACGUGUGAUGAUGUAUUUAUUUCUCCGACAAUUAAUAAGGAAAAAGAAGUCGAUCAAGAUAAUCAAAUGGAUUGUUCAACUACGACAACAACAAGUGAAGAAAUGAAUUCAACGGAUACAGAUAUGAAUGAUGAUCAUUCAUUACCAGCGAAUGAACCAUCAACAACAGCAGCAGCUCGUGUUAUAUCUGUUUGUGAAAUUCGACCGUCGUUUUACUUAACAACACCCAUCCGACGUCUAUUCGAUCCUUCCACUGAUCAAUCAACACCAAAUGAUUCGAUCUCCUCGAAUGAAUACAAAACCAACGCAUCAUUAACACCUUCAUUCACCGAUUAUCAACAUUUUCAAUAUUCCGAUAACGACGAUGACAACAAUAAAGAGAAUUCCACAUAUCUAUCUACACUAACACCAAUUACAUCAACUGAUAUUCCAAAUCCACCCGAGUUAACACCUUGGUAUACAAGUUUAGUUCAUCAAAUUUGCCGACCAACGAUCAUGACCAUACUAACAAACAAGUUGACAAAUUCAGCGGAAGAUGAUAAUCCACAAUCUUCCAGUUCAUCAGUACCUGUUGAUCAUUCUAAUGAGGAGAAUCCUAGUUUACCUAUCGUAGCAUUCUUACUAUCUGAUUCUGAAACACUUGAUGAAGGUUUCGAAACACAAUCUAACGUGAGUGAAACUGUAGAAAUCACUCCGCGAUCAUGUCCAUUGGAAACAAAUGUAAAUGAAACGAAAUCGACUACGUUGGAAGAAACCCUGGCAGAUGAUCUUACUCGACGUUUAACAUUCAAUUCGACUCGUCGAUUGAGUCAUGACAGUGGUAUGCGUAAUAACAUAAAUAAACGGACAACGGUGUCUAGUAGUCGACCAACAAGUUUACUACGAACAUCGGCUUCCGCGUAUAGUUAUCCAACGUUCAAUUCGAAUGGACUCCAGAGUCAAGUGAAGAGUCUAAUGGCAAAACGUACACCGUCUGCUGAGAGUGUGCGAUAUACAAGUAAUAAUAAUAACACCACUACAGCUAUCUCGAUUCGAUCGAGUCGUCAUAUUCAACGUUGUGCUGUGUCUCGACGAAUAUGGACGGAAAAAGAUGCUGAUGAGCCAUCCAAAACUCCAACAAUUUCUCCACCCCCCCUAAUUCCGUUACUACCAACUGCCGCAGAACCGGAUGAAGUCUCAUCAGCAUCUACUUUAACAACAACGACGGCCAUAGCAAAAACAGCCACUUCUGCUAGUUCAGCAGUUUCUAAUCGUCGCACAACAAGUUCCAAGCCCAAAAGCAAAACUCGUACUAUUCAACCUGUCGCUAACGUCUCCUCUCGGCCCAAUUCUCCAAAAAUUCGCAAGACAUCUUCACGUCUUAGCCAUGCUAGUUCUUGUCAAAACGUCUCAUCAUCACUUACCACCACUACCACUAACAAUCAUUCCAAAUCUUCCGUCGUCACUAAAACACGUUCACCGCCGAACUUUUUCUUGAACAGUAGUCAACUUCUCCGCUCUACCUUCACCCGACCAACUGAAAAACCUCUUCGUGCUUUUCAAGCGUCUACUGCAGCCAAUCAGGACUCAUCCGCACUCAAACGUCCCUCACCCCGAACCCGACGUUUAUUUAGUUCAAGCAGUGAUCUUGACUCCAAUUCCGUCUCUUCACCGAAAUCCAUUCGAAAGCCUCCAACCUCCUAUCACCAUCCGAAACCGGCAACUAAAACAACACUCACCAAUGUCCUUCCGUCAGCUAGUUUACCGAACAAUCGAAAGAAAUCAACAAGUACAACUGAUCUACGUCGAACAACUCCGAUCAACAACAGUGUUUUUCAACGUUUAACUUCAUCGAAACGAUUGUAA